AUGGCUGAUGAAUCCGGUGUCGUCAACUUGGAAUCCCGCGAGGGCGAAUGCUUUGAAGUUCCCGUCAAGGUGGCUCGUUUGUCUCAGAUGAUUGACGAGAUGUUUGACGAAGACGAAGACAUGGAAGACAAGAAGGUUCCCCUGCCCAACGUGUCGUCGGAAGUCUUGCGCAAAGUCAUUGAGUUUGGAAAACACUACCAAGAAGAACAAAUGACUCCCAUUCAAACACCACUCAAAUCAUCCAAUAUCGAAGAUCUCGUGCAAUCCUGGUAUGCCGAGUUUGUCAAUCUACCGCAAAAGCAACUCUUUGAACUUGUGGCUGCUGCCAAUUAUCUCAAUAUCAAGCCAUUGCUCGAUUUGACCGUAUUGGCCGUUUCCAUUCUCAUCAAGGGAAAAUCCGCAGCCGAAUUGCGCGAAAUUUUCAAUGUCACGGGUGAUGCGGCCGAAGGAGACGGUGAAGCCGCGGCGGCGGGAGAUGGCGACAACUAG